AUGGAUUGGCUGGGAGGUGGAGUCGGCGCGCGGGUCCGGCCGGCUGCUGCUGCUCCUGCUGCUGCUGCUGCCGCCGCCGUCUCCGCUGCCGCCGCUGGCCGCAGGCAGCUGGUGUCUCGGGCUCCUAGCCGGCUGCAGAGCAGAGGCUGCGCGGAGCGAGCGAGCCAGAGCGGCUGGAGGCGGCGGCCGGGCAGCGCGAGCCCGGGAGAGCGAGCCGCGAGGCGCUGCGCCCGCGCUCCAGCCUUCGCCGCCGCCCUCUCCAGCCUUCCCCCGCGCCCACUGAGGCCGAGAGCUGCAGCCCUAGCCCCAGUCCCAGCCCCAGCGCCGGCGCGAGUCGCCCCGAGCUCCCGGCAAGUUCGGCGGCGGCCCCGGCUGGCUCGUGGGCCCGUCGCUGGGAAAGUUUCCCCUGCGGCGGAGGCGGCUGCGGCGGCUCGAGCUUGGGCUCCGGCUUCUCCUGCUCCCGCUCCCGCUUCCGCGGCUGCUGCUUCUGCUCUAGGCUCCCGGAGAGGGCAGCGCGCGCGGGAUCGAGUCCGGGCCAGUCAGGGUGCUGCGGGCAGCCCCCGGGGCUGCUCAUCGGACUGCAGCCGCCGUUGGAAGACAUUUCUCCAGUGCUACCCAGGUGCCAUCCGUUGGGAUCCCUGACUUCAAAGGGCUUGCUGGCGGAAAGCACGAGUGGGAACACAGACCGUGCAGAAUAGAUCCAGUGUGUGGUGGGCACUUCACGUGAUUGAUUCAGAACUCUCCAGUUUUACAGGUCUUCUCUCCCAGCAGAGAUUAUCUUGGAGCCAGAGAUAAGGAAGGGAUCAGGGCUGUCCCGAGGAG